AUGUCGGCAGCGCUCGCCAGGAGCAGCGUCAAGAUCCAGCGUGAUCCUUUCGAUGACUGGGAGACCGAGGAAGAUCUAGCCCAGCAAGCGAAUGAAGUCCAAGCCAGCAACCGGCCGGCAAUGGGAUCAACACAUCUCGACGCAGCAGAGGUGACAGAUCAAGCCAAUGCCCAGCUAUGGAAUGCACCUCAAUUUGAGAUCCUGUCUGCGUCCACUCAGGCGAGAGCUGCACCGGCUCAGCAAGCUACGCAGAUCAAGCUUGCCUCUCGCCAUACCAGGAGUGCGGCCCAAGCUACGCCUCUGAGUGCUACUCCGUCAAUCAACGCAGGCAUGCUUGCAGCCAAUCAGCCGAGAGGCAUGCAGAUCUUGCGACGUCCGACUGCCCAAAGACAACAGGAGCUGCUGCAAGAAGCUCAGGAGCGACAGCGUAGAGCAGAAGCGACGGGCAAAUCGCUCGAAGAGCGCGAGAAGGAGUACCAGAAAGCAAAGGAGCGCAUCUUUGGAGCUUCCUCUGCCAAAUUGUCACUGCCAGAGGACGCCGCGCCGGGUCAGCUGAGCCGGCCAAAGUCAAAGGAGCCCCAGAAGCGUUCCCCGCGAGCAUCCCCGGGCCGAUCGGGCUCACCUGUUGUCGCCGCAGUAGAGCCUAGCAGCGCCAAAGCGACGCUCUACGAUGGAGCUAGCGAACCGUCGGGGUACGUCAGCAAGAUGAAUCCAUCGAGGGAUGGUGCGCCUGCACAGUUGAUCGCGCGAGCCACGCGAUCACCCAGGCCGCCGGCAGACUCGAGCAUCGGCUUUGCAUCUCUCUCACUCCAGCAAGACGACCUCCCCCCGCCUGUUGCUGCCCCACAGGGCGAAGUCUUUGUCAAAGUCAAAUCUCAGCGCGUAGAUACCAUGGAGGAGAUGUCCGUCGAUGAGUGUCCUUGGCCCUUGCCAGGCUCAACCUCUCUGCACGAGCCAACGAUGACGAAGGAAUCCCCUCUCGAUCGUUUGGCGUAUCUCGACCGCUGCUCUGCUUAUGGCGGCUAUGACUCGUCUGUACCGAGCGAGACGGCCAGCCUACUAGCAGAUCAUUCGACGUCUCCUUCCGAUUCGUCUGUCUUUGCCCAGCCAUCAGAUUCGUCCAAUGUCUCCUUCCUGCUGCCUUAUCGGAGCGCCUCUGACCCGUCAGCCACAUCGAUCGAGUACAGAGGCUCCCCUCGUCCUCAUCUCCUGCGGGACUCGCCUCGUAUCUCCGCUUACGAUAGGCUCACGAUGCCCUCGGAGGUCAGCAGACGGGACUCGAUCCUGCUUGAUCCGCCGAGACCGUCAGUCCACACUGGUACUUGCAGUGAGGCAACGAAAGAUGUCGAUAGCGAGACAGAGGACGACGAUCGAUUGCCUCUCCUCUUUGCCGCUUGCACGCCUGAACAUCAACGCCAGGAGAGCAGCCGCUCAAGACAAACGACGGCCACGUCGCCCUAUGCACACUCGUCAGACACUACAACCCGACGGCAGGCGACAGAUUGGAUGAUUCUCCAUCUCGAGCCCAACAUGUGCACCCCAUCCUGCGCGCCAGAUAUGGCAGAGACAUGCCGUACAGGUACUCUGUCGGGUGAUGAUGAGCCAAAGCAACAUUCAUCCGGUGAUGAGACAUCUGCCCAUGCGCGUCAAUGGAAGGUUGCUGGCCUGCAGUGGAACGCAAAGGAGACUCAACUCAAGAUCACACGAAAAGGAACGAUCGAAGCCAGAGCUAUCAAGCCUCACGAGAGCACGCUCGCUGCCUCCACAGCUCGCAGUGCGUCACGUCCCGCGCAUGGCCGAGCAAAAUCUGCGCAGGACCCCAGAUGCUCGCUAUCGUCCUCUGUCAUGAUCGAACAUUUGCCAGAAUUGGGCUACCAUCAGCUCAUCUCCGGCAGACUCGAACGUCAGACUACCCGUGACACCGCCGAUCGGGCUACCUCUUUCGACUUAGAAUCUGGACAGCUCAUGCCAUUCCCAGCAGAACAGUGUAAUUGGUCGCCUUGGAGCUCCAAUGGAGCUCUGCACAAUAUGCACGAGGAAGAGAUCGACCUAAUCAGUCCCACUCAGUCGACGUCGAACAGUGUAAACAAGCUGAGACGUCUGUGGUCACUUGGUCGGCUCAAAAAUGUCCAGCAGAGUACACCCGCCUCGCGCCGGGCAAACUCUGACGCAUCGAGUCUGACGCUCGUCUCCGAUUUGUCCGGUCGCUCUCAGCCGAUCUCAUUGAGUAAAUCCUGGCGGCCAGUUGCCUCGUCGUCUGGCUCUACGUUGCCCACGCCACCGCUCGCUAUCCCCACUCGCGACGAGGAUGAUAUCCUGGCGUACUAUCUCUCGGCGGCCACCAUUUCGCCAAGCGCGCCAGGAGCCGCCAGACGAUCGAGCGAGAUCCCUGCGCCAGGCUCUCCGUACAGCAUAUCGCCCACCUCUGCCACUUGUCAUGACAUGAUGGAGCUGCUGCACGACUCGCCAUCUCCUAUGCCUCGGAAGAAAAAGAGUAUCGCCGCUCGAUUGGGCCACAAGCUGGGCCAGUGGACAUCUCCCAAGCAAAAGAAUGCUGUCAAGUCAUCUCUGCAGUAUUCAGCCACUUAUGCUCCGCUAGUGAUGCAGCCUGCUCCGCCUCGCGUCGCUGUAAAGCCCUUGCGAGCUUGUCAGUCCGACUCGAAUCUCUUCUUUCGCUCCCAAGACGAGCGAAUCCGCAGAUCACCUACAUUUAAGCCAAUUCCAGACGGACACUGUCCCGAGACAGAGGACGCGGCCUCGUUCGUGUCGUGGACCGCAGGGGUGCGCAUUGCGCAAGUCGCUGAAUGCCACACUUCUGACACUACUUCGCGUAAUAGCCUUGCUGGGGAUGACAUUCCAUUGGCGCGCCUGACGCAAGCCUAUCGAGCAGCCUCGUCUCGGAUGCAAACUCGUGCAACUUGCACAGAUCAACAACAGUCGCGAACGAUAGACUUGUCAAGGGCAGGAGCCGAUCAGUCGUGCAAUAUGCGCAGCGGCGACAGACUCGAAGUUAUGCAGCCACGGCUUGCUCAGGGCCGCUCGCGCCGCGUGCUUGCUCGGGAAGACGAUGUCCCGUUGGCGAUGGUAGCUCAAUGUCGCAACCAUUUGCUGGCAUGGAAACAUCAAGGUGUUUGA